GCGUUGCAAGUGGCAAUGGGGAGGUCUGGAAACAACUCCGACGAUUUGCCCUCACCACCCUGCGUGAUUUUGGGAUGGGGAAGAAAAGCAUUGAGCAGCGGAUCCAGGAGGAAGCUCAUUUUCUGGUGGAGAGGCUCAAGAACACACGCGAGCGGCCCUUCGAUCCUACCAACUACCUAAUCCAUGGUGUUUCCAACAUCAUCUGCUCCAUCGUCUUUGGGGAUCGGUUUGAUUAUGAGGACAAAAAAUUUCUGAAUUUACUUGACUUGCUAGAGGAAAAUAACAAGCUGCAGGAGUCUAUGUAUACAACAGUAUGUGCAAA